AUGGACGAGUCGACCAUUGACAUUACCCUCAAGUUGGAGCCCCUCAGGGCACGAAAGCCUUCUCAACUCUCAAACUAUGUUUGGAAGCCGGUUGUCAGUGAUAAGAACCCCGUCCAAAACGCAGCUCCAUCAUCCAAAAAGCACCGUAGAUCCAGAAGUUGUUCCAAAAGUUCUCAGAAGUCGUCCAAGUCUUGUAGCAAGUCGUCAAAACCUUCCAAGUGUCCCAAGGCUACAAAGAAGUCACGAGUCUCCACACCGUCCGUAGGCUCCAGACGUAGUUUCCAUACCUCAGAGGAACAGAAUAUAAAGAAAGAGAAGGCACAGCUAAAGUAAGUUCAUGUUUUAGGUAACAACCUUAUGAAUACCUUGGAAUGUUUGAGAAGAAUUUAACGUAAACCUUGUAAAUUUCAGUUUUAAAAACUCUAAAUUGUAAAGAUAUAGCAACAAAAUAAUUUUAUAGAUACCUAAACUUGACUGUUUUAACUCGAAAACUGCAAAAAAGACCUAAAACAAGGUUCUCACGGUCUUACAUCAUUAGCGGAUAAAUAAUAAACAAGAUUAUACGACUCAGAGUAACUUUGGAAGACGAAAACGUAUUUUGUGCAUAAUUAUGCUACAAAAUAUUUUUCUAGGACUUUCGGAGAGUAGUAUUCCUUUACAAAAGCGCGGUCUGCAGUAUCUUGGGCGCAGUUCACUUCAAAUUAUCGUGUUGAAAUAUUUUUAUUUUUUAAUUUCAGGAAAAUUAGGUAUAAAAUUUAAAUUAUGCUCAUUUUCUCCUUCAAAAAGUCGAUAUUUUUGAUAUAUAUAUUGAUUUAGAUAUUAAAAUUUACGUUUUUUAUUUUUUAGGUAAUAUUUAGAUAUAUAAAUUUUUAUUUUACUAUAUUAACAUUAUCCUUUACAGGACUGCCCGUGACAAAGACGAAACCUCGAUCAGCUUCCGCGAACUCAAGAACAGCAUCACAUCCAGUCUUUCGAAGCGUCAUCACCACACCAGCAAACAUGACAUCAAGAGUUGGCACGGCUCGAACCAAGGUACGAUCAGUCAGUUCGCGCAAUUCACGUUCCUCCAACAGAAGCGUGCCGAGGCGAGGCUGAGGUGUGAGCUGUGGUCGUGGUUCGUGCUGGCGUUGUUCAUCAUGGCCCUGCUGCUCUACCGGACCGAGCGAAUUGCCGAAACGUGUCAAAAUGCAAAUUAG